AUGCCAAAGUUAGUUUUAGUUAGACACGGUCAAUCCGAAUGGAACGAAAAAAACCUUUUCACCGGUUGGGUUGAUGUCAAAUUAUCCGCCAAGGGUGAACAAGAAGCCGCUAGAGCCGGUGAAUUGUUGAAGGAAAAUAACGUUGCCCCAGAUGUUUUAUACACCUCCAAAUUGACCAGAGCCAUCAACACUGCUAACAUUGCUUUAGCUAAGGCCGACAGAUUAUGGAUCCCAGUCAAGAGAUCUUGGAGAUUAAACGAAAGACACUACGGUGAUUUACAAGGUAAGGACAAGGCUGUUGCUUUGGAACACUACGGUCCAGAAUUAUUCAAGACCUACAGAAGAUCCUUCGAUGUCCCACCACCAGUUAUUGCUGCUGACUCCAAAUACUCUCAAAAGGGUGACGAAAGAUACGCCGAUGUUGAUCCAAAUGUCUUGCCACAAACUGAAUCUUUGAAAUUGGUCAUUGACAGAUUAUUGCCAUACUGGGAAGAUGUUAUUGCCAAGGACUUAUUGGCCGGUAAGACUGUUAUGAUUGCUGCUCACGGUAACUCCUUGAGAGCUUUAGUCAAGCACAUUGAAGGUAUCUCCGAUGCUGACAUUGCUGACUUGAACAUCCCAACUGGUAUCCCAUUGGUUUUCGAAUUGGACAACAACUUGAAGCCAACUAAGCCAUCUUACUACUUGGACCCAGAAGCUGCUGCCGCUGGUGCCGCCGCUGUUGCCAACCAAGGUAAGAAAUAA